AUGGAGACGGACCUUAAGGGUGGUAGCCUGCACGCUACCGUGCCACCGCAUCACGCACUUCAGCACGGCUACGGGUCGCUGGGCGCGCUCGGUGGCAUGAUGUCGCUGCCCCAGCAGCAGCCGUUAGCUCAACACCAACCGAUGCAACAUCAGCAUCAUCAGCAACUACCGCAACACCACGCUCAGCCCCAGCCACAGCAUCAUCAACCCCCAAACAAUAAUAACAACAAUACGAGCAAAAACUCUAACGCUGAACGUGUCAAGCGUCCUAUGAACGCGUUCAUGGUGUGGUCGCGUGGGCAGCGCAGGAAGAUGGCUUCGGAUAAUCCUAAAAUGCAUAAUUCAGAAAUAUCAAAACGUCUCGGUGCACAGUGGAAAGAUCUCUCCGAGACGGAGAAAAGACCGUUCAUCGACGAGGCGAAGAGACUUCGCGCUGUUCACAUGAAGGAACAUCCAGAUUAUAAAUAUAGACCGAGAAGGAAGACAAAGACUCUUGCAAAGAAACAAGAAAAAUAUCCUUUGGGCGGAGGAGGACUAUUAGGCGCUAGCGAUGGGCAGCGGACCGCAGCUCCUACGGCCCAGCAGCCGCGCGACGUCUAUCAGAUGACGCCUAACGGAUACAUGCCUAAUGGAUAUAUGAUGCACGACCCUAGUGCAUACCAGCAGCAGGCCUAUGGCUACCCGCGCUACGACGUCUCACAAAUGCAGCAGGGUGGCUACGGCGGCGGGUACUAUGGCGGUCAGGGCUCGCCAUACCUGCCGCAGCCACCUUCGCCAUCAACAUACGGCCUUGGACCAGGUUCACCCGGCGGGUAUGCGCUGCCACCAUCGUGCGCAUCACACUCGCCCAGUGGCUCAUCCGCUAAGUCGGAGCCGGUGUCGCCAGGACCUCCUGGUAUGAAACGUGAGUUCGGGCAUGAGCAGCCGGCGCAGUUAAAGCGAGAAUUUGUGCCGCACGCGCACUCGCACGAUCAGCUUGGGAUGAAGCGCGAAUACGGUCAGCAGGACCUUUCGCAGAUCAUAAACAUGUACCACGUACCGGACGAGCAGCGGUACGCAGCAGCAAACGAGCGCGUGAUGCCGCUCAUCUGA